GUAUAUAUAGCCCUGGAUAGAAUCGGUGUCACUGACAGCGAGCGACGACAACAACAGGCAGCCCGGGCCUGCCGACGUUUUGACUAACGAAGCAGAGGGAGUGCUUGACCAUUGGUCACUUGGACUAAAGGGACACCUAGGUCCCACACGUAGUUGGCCAUGGAUGUGCCCGCGACAGAUGAAGAGUGGGAUGAUGACGCCAUCUUGCAGCACGCUAUAGAAGAAAGUCUCUCCGGCAUCUGUACUGGAGAUUCUUGCCCAGUCACUGAAGUGGAGGAGCUCAGGUCUUUACAAAGCACGGUGAACAGGGAGAUUGUUGAAGCAAUAAAGACAGGUCUGGAGGCAGAGAUUGUCCGGCUGUCCGUGCACCAAGCUGCCUUUGAUGAAGCCGAUGAGAGGGGCUGGAUCCCUCUACACGAAGCUGCCGUGAAGUUAAACCAAGCUGUCCUCGCCGCCACGCUGCAAGCCUCUGGGCCGGGCGCUGGUGAGCGCCGAUCCCUGCGUGGUGAAACUCCGCUACACCUGGCUGCCGAGCUCAACCUGGCUGGCAACGUGCAGCUCUUGCUCGAAAACGGCUGCGACCCAAACUCCAAGAACGAAGAAGGCGAUUCUGUGUUGAUAACCGCGACCAGGACUGAAUGUGUGGAUGUUGUCACUCUGCUGCUGGGCUUUGGGGUGGCCGUCAACAUGAGAUGCGUGAACGAGCGCACGGCGCUGCACGAAGCCGCCAAGUUGGGCCGCGUGGACAUCGUGGAGUCACUGCUGCGCUCGGGGGCUUCAGUCGAUCCACACAGUGCUUUUGGACUCACCCCGCUGGCCCUGGCCGCGCAGAAUGGCCGGACUGAGGUGGUCAAGCUCUUGCUGCAGAAAGGGGCUGACGUUCUGUCACAAGCGAGUGAUGGCGUGUCGGUGUUGUUCGAGGCAGCCUCGGUGGAGAAUGGCGAGUGCCUGGCCCUACUGCUGGAGUACGGGGCUGAUGCCAAUGUCCCCAAAUACACCGGGCAUCUGCCCAUUCACCGCGCCACCUAUCGAGGAUAUUACCGGCUGGUGAAGCAGCUGAUCGAGGUGACGGACAUCUCUGCCAUCCAGGAGAGUGGCAUCAGCCCGUUGCACUCUGCCGCGGCAGGUGGACACCAGCAGUGCCUGCAACUGCUGCUCCGUUCCGGCUUCGACGUCAACUUCAUGCUGAGCCCGCAGCUCCAGCGCGGCUACUGCGACCGGCGCAAGUCCGCCCUCUACUUCGCCGUGUCCAACAACGACGUCCACUCGGCCCGUCUCCUGCUGGAGGCCGGGGCCCUGGCCAACCAGGACCCCAUCAACUGCCUGCAGCUGGCCCUGCGGCUGGCCAACCACCAGCUGAUUCACCUGCUGCUGCGGCACGGUGCCAACGUCAACUACUACUGCAGGGUCAACACUACCCACUUCCCCUCCGCCCUGCAGUACGCCCUCACCGACCAGCGCACGCUACGCUUGUUGUUCAGCUACGGUUACGAUAUCCAACGCUGCUUCCACUGCCCCCAUGAAAACAAGGUCCACCCGCUCUUCACCCACGAAGGCUGGAGCCCCACGGUCAUCAAAGACAACAUGUUCUGUGAAGUCAUUACUCUGGCCUGGUUGAAGCAUCUAUCGGGGAAUGUGGUGCGUGUGAUGCUGGAUUAUGUGGCCAGCGUUACUCUCUGCUCUAAGCUGAGGGCGGUUCUGGAGCAACAAAGCGAAUGGGCGGAGAUCACGCACAUCAUGGGAAACCCCCGGUGUCUGCAGCACCUGUGCAGGCUGACGGUUCGCAGAUGCAUGGGGAGGAUGAGACUGCGAUGCCCAGUGUUCCUGACAUUCCUGCCCUUGCCCCAACGCCUGAAGGAAUACAUUCUCUUCAAAGAAUACGACCCUUACAACGGGCCCUAAACCCAACGCCUUCCCGGUAAAGCCUUCUUAUACAUUUUAAAGAUAACUGCAAUGGUAAUGGUGUUGGCAGUAAUAGAUUUAUUAAUAGGACAUUGCUCCAGAAAUCAAUAUUUAAAACAUGCUGAAAUCAGUAUUUUGUAUUGAAACAGCAAAUGCAAUGAAAUAGGAAUGAUGUAUUUCAGUGUAAUAAUUGCUGUAAAGAUUCACGAUCAAAACAAAUCAAAUGAUUUACUGUCCUUUUUGCUGCUUUGCUUACAAUACAGAGAAAUAGAAAAUGUUAGAUUAUAGGGAGAGGAGCUGAUAAUUUGUGUGAAUAUUAAUUUGCCCAGCUUGUUACAUGUUGUAUGAUCAGGAGCAUUAUUUAACCAAACUGAAAUAUAUAUUAAGGCAUAGUGGUCUGUAAAUACCAGUUCAGUAUUAAAUAUAAAUAAGUUGCACUAUGUAAUAUAUUGUUUUGUUUUUAGCUUUUUUUUAAUUCAUAUUUAUCGGCAUAUUUUCAGUAGAAUCAAAAGUAAUUGCUACAGGAAAUUCUCCAGAAUUUAAAGAAAAAUCAGUUUCGUAACAAAAAGGUUUUAACAAAACGAUUGAAGAACUUUUUGGUAAUAAAACAUUGUAAAUGACACAGCAACACC